GUAAACCCCACAGCACUCAUGAAAUUCUUACCAUAUAUUUAAUCUAUGCAUCAAAUGAAUGUGUUCAAAUGAUAUCGAAAAAGAUGAACCCGGGGAUGUGUUAUUUUCAAAUCAAACGUUUUUCUUUGCUGACUUUAUUUUUACUCAAUUAUGUACCAACAGUCCAUGCCUACUCGUAUAUUCUGGAAAAUAAUUUAAGGACUUUAUUAUAUACAACCAACAGUUACCAAGUGUUAAGUCGACCAGACACAUCAGUAGAAGUAGGAUUGACCUUCACCCCGACAGCUCUAAACUCUCUGAGUAUAAAAGAUCAAGCAAUGUCGAUGACUGGAUAUUUUCAAUUGCAUUGGAACGAUACAAGAUUAGCAUGGGAUACUGAUCCUACCUACAGUUCAAUACCUUACAUCUUUAGUACGUCUGAAUACACAUGGAGACCAACAUUAUUUAUAGCGAACUCAGUCGGAGACCUUAGUAUUAUAGACGAUGAUGUGAAUAUGAUGAGAAUUGUGAUGGCAGGUCAGGUUAAUUGGGUGCAGAUGAAGUUGAUAACAACACAUUGCGAUAGUGACAUUACGUAUUACCCUUUUGAUGCACAGAAAUGUUCAAUUAUUCUAUCUAGUUGGUCUUAUUCGAAUAUCGAAGUCACUAUAGUGUUUAACACCAACCCAGUUAUAAUGGAUUUCUUCAGUGAGAACGGGGAAUGGGUGUACGCAGGCUACGAAACUUCCGUUUACGCUGAGUAUAGAGAUAAAAUUCCUUUCGAUAUGGCUAAGCUGGAAUUCAAAUUUGUUCGUCGACCUGGUUUUAUGGUAAUGAACAUUAUUUUGCCAGUGAUCGGGAUAGCUUUUCUGACCAGUUUUGUGUUCAAGGUAGCAGUUGAUUCUGGUGAGAAGAUUGGAUAUUGCUUGACUGUGAUGUUGGCGUACGCCGUAUACCUCACUUUAGUUGCGGAUAAUAUGCCGACAACGUCGGUACAUGUAUCUGUUCUCAGUCUUUACAAUUUACUGGUGCUGAUAGCAGGAAUUCUCUCAAUUCCAAUUACUCUGUUUAUACUUAGAUGUCACCACGAGUCUUCACAAGACCCUGUACCAAAAUGGCUUUUGUCUACAACUUCCGGUUUUCAAAAGUUCCUAAACUGCAUGAGACGAAAUGAUAAAAAAUCAACAAAGGUAAAUUUCCUGAAAUCGAAAACUGUAAGCACCGUCGAUCAAAUGGAGAAUGCGGCGUGCAAAAUAAAAGCAGAUGAUAAACCGGAGUUUUCAUGGAGUGAAAUAAGCAAAAUUUGGGAUGAAUUCUUUUUCAUCGUCUAUAUGAUUUUUGUUAUCGUUAUUACAACAAUAAUGAUGGUCACUUUGCUUACUGGAUAUUUAGUUUAUGGACAAGAUGACAGCUGAUCAGAAUGGCAUGCACAUACGGAUUUUGUGAUAUUAAUAUUUUGUGAUACUCAAUUUUAUAAUCAUCUUAAACUAAGAAAUAUAUCCUCAGAGUUCAUUGAUGUUGUGAUUUUACUUUUUAGAUGUGGAGUUGCUUCCCUUAGAAUAUAAACGGGUUGAUAGAUACAUAAAUGAACUUGUUUUUUAUUGUAAUAAUAGUAUUGAAGAUAAGUUACAUUUUGUACAAGUUUUAUUAAAAUAUCCACUACUAUUCCAAUAUCUUAGACACAUAUUGUUUUAUGAAG